AUGCGCCCGCGCCGCCUGCCGCCGCUGCUGACGCUGCUGGCGCUCGCAGCCGUCGCCGCGCAGCCGCUUGACGAGCCCGCACUCGACGCCAACGCCACAGAGCUCCACGCGACCAGCGUCCGCGAUGACGCCACCAACGACACCCUCAGCGAGACGGACGACCACGAGCCGGUCGUCCGCAAGAAGAGAACCUUCGGAGACAUAGUGUUCAGGGGACUCGCAGACGUUUUAGGCUACAAUGUAGCCCGAAAACCCGCGCAAUCGGCUUUUCCGCCACCGCUGGCACCGGUCCCAGGAAUCGAUAUACCGUUGCAGGCCGGACCCGGACCUGCACCUGCGCCUGCGCCUGCCGUCCCCGCUCCUCCCCCGUGCGGAGCUCCCCGGGCGGCCGGCCCGCCUCCCUGCAGGGCUGUAGCGCCGCCCCCGCCGCCGCCUCCGCCGCCGCCGCCGCCGCCGCCACCACCGUGUCCAAGACCGAGAGCGGCGCCACGACCUAAACCGAAGCCAGCGCCCCCACCGCCCCCGCCGCCGCCACCGCCACCGCCGCCGUGCGCGCAACCGCGGGCCAAUCCUGCCACUCCUGCUCCCUGUGCGCCUCCUCCACCACCACCGCCGAAAGAUAAUCUUGAAACUAUACAAUCCAACUUUAGGCUGUCCUUCAACUUUUUAAGAAGCACUCCCGCACCCGCCGCACAGGCCGCGGCCCCUCAAGUGUUGCCUCCGGUUCAACCGAUAGCACCCGUCGCGAUUGCGCCUCGCGCUGCCAAACUGCCACAGGACCCGCCGAGAAAUCCUCGCGUUUAUGUCGAUGCUUUCGUAGUCAGGAACGGAGUCGCGCAAAAAGUUAAUACGAUAGACGCUAAACAUCUUAAUAAUCCCCAACAGGCGGGUCUCGAGGACGAUUAUCUAGCUUACGACGAAGAGGUCGAGCCUCAGAGACUCGACUACGACGACGAGGACGACUACGAGGACGCGCAGGAGUCCAGAGAUCGUGCGAAGGCCGUAAAAGAAUUCAGUACCGCAUUAGAUAACUUCUGGGAUCAUAAAAGACAAGCCAAAAAGAAACUACCGCCAGCAGAUUAUCGAAACGUUCAUUUUGGAGACCGUAAUCUAGCCAACCAAGUGCGCAGGGUCGGAAGUUCGGAGUCGCAUCAAAGUCUGCAACGGGAGCGCGCUCGCCCCAACCGUAUCCCGGUUCCCGAAGGUGACGAAGGUGUCGAGGAUGAUGCAGAGCUAACUACGACGACCGAGGAUCCUCGACGAAAACUAAAACCGCGAGUGCUACCUCCCACGGAGAAAAACCCAGGGCAUAUUGACACGGUGACAGUGCGCGUACCUCCAAUCUACAAAGAAAAACGACCGAGAAAACUUCACCGUGAGCGACCCGAAAGACCCGACCGACCCGAAAGACCGGACCGACCCGAUAGGGAUGAAGAACAGAGCGCGGAAGCCGGUGACUCGCGAGAGCGGGAAUAUUACCACGAACAAGACACAGACGGAGAGGAUAGUGCUUUGUCUCCCCAAACUGAAAAACCAAGACGCAAACGUCGUCGUAAGCAGAGCCGAAAGGCGCGAUCAGCUGAGGAAAGCGAUGAGUAUUCCGCAGGUGACUACGACUACUUCGGUAACAAAAGGGCAAUAUCAAAGGAGGAGGAAUAUUUCAUGGGCUUGACGAUACCGCCACCGACAAAGGACGCAGAUUUAGCACGCUUGGAACAGGGGGAGCAGCAGAAGGACGGACAUUUCCUAGACGAUCACGAGCGUCUUAAAGAGGAUCCGGAGAGGAUCAGAGAGGACGAGAGGACGGACGACGAAGGGCGGGCGGAUGACAGUGGUCGCAGUGAUGAAAAGGAGCGUUUAACAGAUCAGAGAGAAGAUAAUAAAUAUCGGGCGGACGAGAGCGAGCGUUCUGGUGAGAAUGAGCGAGCCGACGAAGGCGAGAGGACCGACAAGCUGAGCCCCAACGCCAAGGUGCACGAGACCGGCUAUCGGAACAAUUACGUCCACGCCACCAACAUACAAGUUGACGACCCGCGUCCUUCCGUCGCUUCAGUCAAGAAAAAGAAUGUAACAAUCGGCAAAUGA